AUGGCUUCGGGAUACGACAGAGCUCUUUCAGUCUUCAGUCCUGAUGGACACGUCUUCCAGGUCGAGUAUGCUGGAGAAGCCGUCAAGAGAGGAACCUGCGCGGUUGGUGUCAAGGGAGCGGACAUCGUCGUGUUGGGAUGCGAGAAACGGUCCGCGAUGAAGCUGCAGGAUACCAGGAUCACACCUUCCAAGAUCGGUCUCAUCGACACCCACGUUUGCCUCGCCUUCGCCGGACUGAACGCCGAUGCGAGAAUCCUUGUCGACAAGGCCCGUCUAGAAGCACAAUCUCACCGCCUGAACUUGGAGGACCCAGUUACUAUCGAUUACAUCACCAAGCACGUCGCCGGCGUCCAACAGAAGUACACCCAGAGAGGUGGUGUCCGACCGUUCGGCAUCAGCACACUGAUUGUCGGAUUUGAUCACGGCAGCAAAGUCCCCAGGCUAUACCAGACAGAGCCAUCCGGGAUCUACUCCGCAUGGAAAGCAAAUGCCAUCGGUAGGUCGAGCAAGACAGUGCGAGAGUUCCUGGAGCGAAACUACAAGGAGGACAUGGACCGUGAGGCCACAAUACGGCUGGCCAUCAAGUCGCUGUUGGAGGUUGUGCAGACGGGCGCCAAGAACAUCGAGAUCGCCAUCAUGGCGCCGGGCAAGUUGAUCGAGAUGCUGCCGACGGAGGACAUCGAGAACUACGUCAAGAACAUCGAGCAGGAGAAGCAAGAGGAGGCGGCUAAGAAGAAGGGAGCCCGGACGACCGGUGCAGGAAGCUCUUCAAUCCCCACCCGCACUGCAGGGGAGGAGUAG